AUGGCCUGCUGCUCGGCCUUUGUGCAGCUGGAGAACCCCAGGAGCAGAGCAGACGACACACUCUCUGAAUGGCACUUUACCAACAUCACUGUCAUUAUCUCUGUGCCAAAGGAAAAUUUUCUGAUUGUGUGUUUCCAGGACCUCGAACACAAACGAGCAGAACCUCUUCCUGAAGUCAGGGAGCGGGAGGCGCCAUCGCUCAGCCUCAUCACGGCGUCGGAGCGGCGUUGGAGCGGCGUGAGCUCGGAGCCGGUAGGAAGCGCACAGAUGGUCGCUCACACACGCAGCCGCCACAUUAGUCACAGAGAUGACAGUAAUAAAGACAGAAGAGCAGAGCGCCGCGGCGAGCAGCAGGGACCGUGGCUACGGCGUGUCACGUACACAUGCACCUGUCAGGGCUAA